AUGGACAAUCAAUCUGCGGAAUGCUCAGCAGCAGUCAUGAGCUGUUCAGCUCCAGCCGCCGCCUUCGUGCCGAAGAGAGUCAGAUGGGCAACAGAGCCCAACUAUCACCACUCCCACAAUGAGGCCUCACCUGCAGCCACUUCUACUCCUAUAGACAUUCCCUACCCCGACCAAACAUACAACAUGCCGAAAGGUUCGCGGAUGGCGCCUCGCAAGCCAACAGCCAUCGAGCACAGAUAUGAAGAAGAUCGCAUCCACCACAAGCUCGACAAUGUCACAGACUACUGCAAGCGCGGCUACUAUGGCUGGGAGUUCGUGCAUGACAAGCGGAUUGAGAGAAGCAACGAAGGGAUCGGAAAGAUUAUUUCAGGUGAACGGCCGAAUAGGAAGACGUGGUAUAUUCCUGCGGUGGUGAGGAAAGAUGUGGACUUUGAGGAUAUACAGGAAAGUACUGGCGAAUGGGAAGAUGAGAGAUAUGAAGUUACGAGGAAUGGAAAGCGGAAAGCAUAUGCGGAGAAUGGGUUCAGUGACGGCUACCGCAAACAUGUGGCUGGGAGGAAGUUGAAGAUCAAGGCGGAGGCUUUUGAGAGGAGAAACGCCCUUCGGAGGUUGGAGUUUGGUUGA